AUGUGUCGAGGAGUAAGAGUGGAGGAUGAGUUUACAUGGCUAUGCGGGUUCUGGAUGCGAAACCGCUCGAUUGUCAUUUGCUUGGCAACGAUGCAAUUCGUCGUGGCGUGCUUUGCAUUUUCACAGCACAUCUAUUCAAUGGUGGGAUUUCGGAAGAUAUUUGCAUGUAGCUUCAAUGAAACGAGUAUGGCCGAGGCGACAUUCUUGACUUAUGACAUUAUAAUAUUUGAUUUUGGUCUUUUUCACGAGUUGAUACAGGUUCAAGAAUGUAUAGCCAAUUACCUGGACGGUGGCUAUAUGAGAUGUCUCUGGUGCGUCGGGCAGGCAGCUGCCAUAUUGUUAGCGCUGUUUGUCUGCUCUUGUGUACGGAAUGCUCACCCACUAUUUCUCUGGCCUCUCCUAAUUAUGCAAAACGCCUACUGUUUUGGAUUGGUGAUUCUAACCAUUGCAACCGCUGACAAACUCCUCGUCUCCAUCCUCCAUCCGGUCGAUCCACAACUCAACUUGCUCAUUUUAUACUUUGGCCUGGGUACCGGCCUGAACCACCUCUUCUGCUACAUCCUCUGGCAUUUCUACUGGUUCGAAGAAUACCAAUUCACUGCUCGCACUGGUCGUCAUGUGCUCCCGUUUUGGGUC